CAAAUCAGGCAUUCAGUUUACUUCUGUUUCACUUUGUUAAAUUGCUUUAAUAAUGCUAUGAGUUGAUUUGUUUUAUAUCCUUUUCAUGGAACUUUUAUACAUAUACAGACGCAUAUGCCUGUGGACCAUGGCUUGAUUCAACAGAUAGCACAGCUUCCUCAAUUUUCUGUUCUCAAGAUAUAUUUGGCAGCAUAUGGACAUGUUUUUGGAGCACCAGUGUUGGAUCUACUUGGGACUUACACUGGUAUACUUAGACUUAAGGUUGUCAUACGAAACUUAGAGAGAACACAAGCAUGCCUGCCAAAUUGCCUUUGUGAUGCAUCCCGGCCAUACUGGAGAAGUCAAAGUAUCCCGCUGCUGUUUCUGGAAGAAAUAGAAAUAGAUGGUUUUGAGGGCACUAGCCAUGAAGUUGAUUUCUUGAAACUUCUGUUCAGAUGCGCAACUCUGAUGAAAAGAAUGACCGUGAGGUUGUCCCGUAAGGUUUUCCCAAGUGAUGGAGGAUACGAGGAAAUGCGCAAGAUUUUUGAGGCGUAUGCAUCCGUGGAAUGCGUAGUUUAUGGCAGCUCUGGGCGGGUUAUUGACAUAUGAUUCUAGUUGUGACAAGAGAGGACAUCCCCAGUCUCCAUCUUAUCAAAAUUUGAGCUACUGCCGUGUCUUCCUUAGCCUAGUCUUGGUGUUCUGCUGAAGAUUUACUGCAAUGCACAGACCAUUUGGCUGUCCUGGAUUUUUUCUGUCAGGUAUGAACUUGGUUGGCAGCAUUACAGGUCCGAGCAUAAAAGAAGAAUGGAGUGAGACGUGAGGGAGGUAGCUCACU